AUGAAACAUUUUCUCGAAGUAUAUAAUUCCUCAACACAUUCUACAACAGGACAUACACCAAAUUCAAUGACACAACAACAAGAAGAAAAGUAUAUACAAAAGAAACGAAGCCAAACACAAAAUAUCAGAAAUUCAACACAAUUUACCCUCAUUCCUGGUACAAAAGUUCGUGUAGUUCUUGACGACAAACCGUUGACAAAGAAACGUUUAAGGUUAAGUCGAAAUUAUUAUAUCGUAGACUCUACGCAAGGUAAUGGAUAUCUUAUAAAAGCUGCCGACGACUCUAUUGCGUUUUAUCCUCGUCAUAAAUUAGUUGAAAGUAGUAAUGGCAAACUUGCUGAAACCAUUGACGAAGCAAAGCGAGGAGUGGUUAUUGAAAUACUUGGCUACAACAUAAACGAUGACACUUAUAAAGUAAGAUAUGAAGGAGGUGUUGAAGAUGUUAUACCAUCUAAGAACUUGAGAGAGUCGAAGCCAACACAUCUGGGACCAUUAGAGCGGGAGUACUGGAAAGACAAAAAUAUGCCAGAAAGAAUAAGAAAAUUCUUCUAA